CGUCUCGGUGGUCUUCGGUGGCAAGUAAUUCAGAGAUUGUAUUGUUGCGCAUAUUGUUUGGUCACGUUUCAGCACACCUGCAUUUCGUUGAAGAGGUCAUCCAUUCAAAUAUAACACUGCGAAUGUUUGACAAAUUCCGGUAGGGGAGAGGCACCGGUUUCUGAAAGUCUGGCAUUUUAUAAAGUCCCUGACGACAGUCCACUCAUCGUGAGAGCGCUCUCACGGAAUCUGGAUAACAAUUUUGACCUCGGCGACAAUGCAUACUCUAAGAAAAUGUUUCUGCGGCCAGUGGUCAUCCGAAGCCAGACUUGAUGAGAAGACAGUCAUUAUAACUGGGGCUAACACCGGCAUAGGGAAGGAGACUGCAAGAGACUUGGCAAAGAGAGGCGCCCGCAUCAUCAUGGCCUGCAGAGAUAUGGAGAGAGGAGAAGCCGCCAGAGAGGAGAUUGUGGAGGACUCCGGCAACCAAAACGUUGUGUUGAAGAAACUAGACCUGUCGAACACCAAGUCCAUACGAGAAUUUGCCGAAUUCAUAAACAAGGAGGAGAAACAACUCAAUAUACUUAUCAACAAUGCUGGGGUGAUGCUGUGUCCCUACUCCAAAACAGUUGAUGGAUUUGAGAUGCAGAUUGGUGUUAACCACUUAGGCCACUUCCUGCUCACGUUCCUGCUGCUGGACCUCAUGAAGAGGUCGGCUCCCGCCAGGAUUGUCAACGUGGCCUCUGUGGCCCACACCUGGGGAGGGAUCCAGCUGGACGACAUCAACAGCGAGAAGGGCUACAACGCCCGCAGGGCCUACGGCCAGAGCAAGCUGGCCAACAUCCUCACUACGCGCUCCCUGGCCAGGAGACAAGACGGGACUGGCGUGACGGUGUACUCGCUUCACCCCGGCGUGGUGCGGACCGAGCUGUGGAGGCACGUCAGCGCCCCUGUCCAGGUGGCCGUGAGGAUAUUCAGCCUGUUCACCAAGACUUCGGUCCAGGGCGCACAGACCUCCAUCUACUGCGCUGUGGAACCGGCACUGGAGAAGGAGACCGGUGGAUAUUACAGUGACUGUGCUCCAGCAAGAUGCUCAAGAGCUGCCAGAGAUGAUGAAAUGGCUGAGAAACUAUGGGAGCUCAGCUGUCAAAUGCUUGGAAUUCAUUGGGAUUAAAAACCAAGGACAGAUAUAUUAUUAACAGAUACAUUCUUAAAUAAACUAUACACCAAGACUAACUUUACUGACACUUUGAAUGCCAAGAUGAAUGUUAGAUACUUACCAGUGAAUUACAUAAAUACAUUUGUUCUCUAAUAUUAUUUGAAAACUCCAGAUAUCGGAGAGAUAUAUUGUAGUGUAUGUUUUAUAUCAUCUGAAACACAGGCCACAUAGUGUACCUAAUUAAGUAUCACAGUUUAGAAAACCGAGAUUUUUCAUGUUAGUUUCAUCUAAUGUUGUGUUGUUCUGUCUGUAUACAUACUUGGCAUCUAUAUUUUUUGUCUGUAUAUAAACUUGCUGUUACAUAUCAUUCAAAAGUAAAUGAUCCCCAUCAUUUGUGAAUGUAGGUGUUUUCAAUGAAAGUUCAUGUCAUUGUUUUAUCCAGUCAGUAUAGCAAACUAUGAUUUGUUUUGAUCAUGUGUCUUUGCACGUAGUAAUGUAGUGCAUGUAGCUUGCCACCCCACUUUUCAAACCAGUUGUGAAGCAGAGGCAACUCAGUUUUCUCUAGUUCAUUUGAGAAAUUCUUAACUCUCAGUAUUUGCAGAGAAAAACAGAGUGCAUGAUUGCUUUGGUAGUAUCAUCUAAAUGACACAUUAGAAGCAGAUAGUUAAUUAUAAUCAUGUAAUUAAUAAAAACUUAAUUAUAAUCAUA